AUGAAAGUGAACUGCAGUGUGUCCUCUGACCGCGAGAGGCAGCAGUACGCCAAGAGAAGCUCAGUCUGCCGGAAACCAAAGAAGAAGAGACGCAUCUACAGCAGAUUCCACAAACCUCUAAACGACACGGUCAGAACAUCACUCCCACAAACACAGAUAUCUACAAAGUCCAUCUACAGAAUGGGGUUCACCUCUACCAACAAAAACAUAAGCUUCAUGCGCCCUCGUUACUUCAUCAUCACGGGACUCUCCGGAAUCCCCAACAUCAAACACUACUACAUCUUUCUCUUCAUCGUCUACAUCGUCUCUGUCAUCGGGAACUCUCUGGUCAUGGCGGUCAUAGUUCUAGACAGUAACUUAAGAACGCCAAAGUACAUUGCUGUCUUCAACCUGGCGUUCGUCGACCUCUUCGGGAACACGGCUUUGGUACCGAAACUCCUGGACAUUUUCUUAUUCAACCGUCCCUAUAUCCGCUACAACGACUGCAUGACUUAUUUAUUCUUUUGCUACACGUGUCUCUCGAUGCAGUCUUUUAACCUGGCCGUGCUCGCCUACGACAGACUCAUGGCGAUAAGCUACCCGUUGCAUUACCAGGUCAAAGUCACGAACAAACACAUGCUUUCAUUGAUCGGCUCUCUAUGGUCAAUCAUCAUCCUUGCUGUGCUGAUCUGCGUCGGACUCAUCACCCGGCUUUCCAUCUGUCAAUCCACCGAGCUGCUCCCUGAGGACAGCCCCAUGGUCCGGAUCGUGGAUAUAAGCAGAGGACCUGAUCCAGGGGAGGGCUGGAGGCACAGAACUCCCAGAUACGUCGCAGUGUUCAGUUUGGUCAUCACAGAUUUCUGCAGUACCUGUGCUUUGGUGCCAAAAGUCAUAGAUAUUUUCCUGUUUGACCAUCACCGCAUUUCUUACAACGACUGCUUGGCUUUCAUGCACUUCUGCUUUUUCUUCCUCUCCAUGCAGUCCUUCAACUUGGUGGUUUUGGGGAUCGACAGAAUGAUGGCUAUCGCUGAUCCGCUUCACUAUCACGCCAGACACCGGUCUCCUCACCCGACUCUCCUUCUGUAA